AUGGCGAACGUAACUGACAGAGUGGAUCUCGACGGCAGACCGAUAAAGCCGAUAACGAUAUGCAUGAUCGGCGCGGGAGGCUUCAUCGGCUCUCACCUCUGCGAGAAGCUGAUGACGGAGACUCCGCACAAGGUGCUCGCGCUCGACGUGUACAACGACAAGAUCAAGCACUUGCUGGAGCCGGAUACGGUUGAGUGGAAAGAUCGGAUCCAGUUUCAUCGCAUCAACAUCAAGCAUGAUUCCAGGCUUGAAGGACUUAUCAAGAUGGCGGAUCUGACUAUAAAUCUUGCGGCGAUAUGUACACCAGCGGAUUACAAUACGCGUCCUCUUGAUACUAUCUACAGUAACUUCAUUGACGCGCUUCCUGUUGUUAAGUACUGCUCUGAGAACAACAAGCGUCUUAUUCAUUUUUCUACCUGUGAAGUUUAUGGCAAAACCAUUGGAAGCUUUCUUCCCAAGGAUCAUCCUCUGCGCGAGGAUCCUUCUUUUUAUGUUCUUAAAGAAGAUGUUUCCCCUUGCAUAUUUGGUUCAAUUGAGAAGCAAAGGUGGUCAUACGCGUGUGCAAAGCAAUUGAUUGAGAGACUCGUUUUCGGUAAAGCAUAG